UUGUAUUAAUUUCUUCCACAAGGAAAGCAAUAUUAUCCAGGGAGCGGAAAGACAAGACUGGGGGUUUAUAUAGACCUAAUCUAUUACAGUCGUUGUUGUCGUUGUUAUAGAUUUUCAGCUACUCUGAACAAGUGCCAAGUAGCACGGGCUAUGGUGAUCCCGUAGUGGACUUACCAGGCACAGGAGCGGUCUGUCACAGCCCUUUGAAACCAAGUAAGAAUAAUUGCUGAACGCGUGGAGAGAGAACCAUUCCUGCACUGUGUGAAUUUCUCCCCUCACAAUGAGUGUUACGUUGCAUACAGAUGUUGGUGAAAUCAAGAUCGAAUUGUUUUGCGAGCAUUGCCCCAAGACCUGUGAAAACUUUUUAGCUCUGUGUGCCUCUCAUUAUUAUGACAGUUGCCUCUUCCAUCGUAACAUAAAGGGUUUUAUGAUCCAGACUGGUGACCCAACUGGUACAGGGAAGGGGGGACAGUCUAUCUGGGGGCAAAAGUUUGAAGACGAAGUUAGAGAUGAUUUGAAACAUUCUGCUAGAGGUACAGUGUCCAUGGCUAACAGUGGGCCGAACACGAACGCUUCACAGUUCUUUAUUUCGUAUUGUCCACAACCACACCUCGAUCUCAAGUAUACAAUAUUUGGAAAAGUUAUUGAUGGUUUAGAGGUGCUCGACGAGCUGGAGAAGCUACCUGUCAACCCGAAAAACUACAAACCUACUACUGAGACGAGGAUAAAUUAUGUUACUAUUCAUGCUAAUCCUAUAGCAUGUUAAGGCAAUUAUUUUUCUUAAUUGUAUUAUAUUUUGAAUGACAAAUGUAUUGAGAUUGCUACUUCUCCUUUUAAAGUACAAAGUAAUUAUGACACCAUAAUAUCAUUACUUGUUUCUGUUUUUGUGGUGUAGGAAAGACAUUAAUUGUGAGACAUGUGGGAAGUGGUAUUGGAAUAGGAAUGUUAUAAUAUUAAAAAUUGUCUCCUGGCCCCCUCAUUGUCUCUUACACAUUACAUAUUAUUACAUACCCUUUGUCAAUUUAAUUUAAUUGGUGGCUUUAUGAAAAGUGACAGUAGUAAGCUUCAGUUUUAAGUUAAUGCUUAUACUGUGUUUAUAUUUUGGCGAAUGUCCAUGAGAGGUCAUCUUAUAGCAAAAAAAGAAAAUGGCUUUCCUGCUUUUUUAUCAGUGUUAAUAAGAAUAAAAAAAAUUUCCAGUAGCAACAUUAAAAUUCACAUAAACAAUUUUUAAAUGGUGAAAAUAUAAAUGAGAAAUAGUGCAGUAGUCUGUGUCGACAGCUCACAGCCGAGGGUCCUUGGAAAGGUCUGUAGUUGGCCUGGGGUAUUUCAGUUAACCUAAAUAAUGGCUUCCUGAUCCCAACAAUGGGAAACCAAUAUGAAUGCCCGCUGAACCUUGCUGGUUAAGGUCAGUUAUGUUUGUCUAGUACACUGACUGCAUAGGUGAGUUCUCAGCCAUAACCUUAGUCUUAGCUCAGUAGCACCCUCUGAGUUCAUUCUGAACACUUCUUCAGAGUGUGGAACACUUUAUACAGUACUGUACUUUAAUGUAUAAAUAAAAGGUGAGAAAUUA